CCCACACUCCCCGCCACGAGAUGCGGCUGCCCGUCCCGGCGCCCGCCCCGCUGCGCAAGUCGGACUCGGUCUCGGUGCGCGUCCCGGGCGAGCCGAGCCGACAGAACGUGUCCAGUGUGAACGUGAACAUAGUGCAGGUGCAGGAUACACCCAGUUGUAAUGUGAACAGUGCCGUGCAGACCGAGAGGGAGAGGAGUGUAGCGAGUGCGGAGUGUCAGACGGAGGAGCCGGCGCGGCGGCGGCGUGCGAGGCGGGCGAGGGCGCCACGGGCGCCGGACCUGCUGGAGAGCGUGCCGCCGCCGCCCUACAGCACGCUGCCGCCGGCGCACCCUGUGCCCGUGCCUGUUCCCGUGCCGCCGCCCGCCGCGCUCAUCGCGCCGCACCCGCCGGCCCCGCGCUUCCCUUUCCAGCCCAUCCCCCUCAGAUCGGGCAGAGGAGCCGCGUACGCGUGUUCCGAGGGUGACGGUGGCGCCCCCAAGUCUUGCUGCGGACGCCCCCCGCUCAGGCUAUGUGUCCUCUUCCUUGGCGUAGUUGGCGCCUGCCUGGUGGCCGCUGGAGCGGUUCUUGGCGCCUUAAGGCCCCAUCCUAAGGCGCCCCUCACAUUACUAUUACUAAUGAUAGGAAUCGGCGUAGUGCUAGUGACAGCGGCAGGCCUAGCAUGGCGUCUGGGCGCCCGCGACGCGCCCUGCGCCUUAUUAGGGCUCCGCCGCGCGUCCUGCCGGCGCCUCGUGCCGCGCCUGCCGCCCAGCUACGCCAGGCCGCACCACCCGUAUGCGGCCAUGCUGUACCCGGAGUUCCAUUAUCGGCCACCGCCGCCCACGUACCAGGCGUCGAUGCAAGAGUAUAGACUCAGGUUACUUCUCCUCGACAGAAGUGCGCCCGCGGUGUCCCCACCUCCAACGUACAGAUCAAAUUCUGCCAGUCUAGUCAGAGGAUCGACAGGCGCAGCAUGGUGUGGGUCAGAGUACAGCGGGCCGCCGUCAUACCGCGCGCCGCGCAACGACCCGCCCGUCACUGUGACGGACGCCCUACCCACGCUAACUCCCCUCGACCUUAAGUACGCGGAGGACCCCCUGGAAUCACUCCCCAAGCCCACAGAACAAGAGAAAGACCCUGACGAGCACCUCGUCACCAUUGUUCACACAGACGCACAACCAGUCAUCGUCACCGUCUCAGGGUCCGCAGCCCUCAACGAAACACACACGCAGCCGCCAUCAGAAAUCGACAUACUGGCGCACUUAUAACGAACUAUGUAGUGAAUAAGGCUUGUGAGAGCAACGAUUCGAACGAUGUGCACAGUUACUGUGUAGAUGGUCAAAGCAAAAAGUGAUGUAGUACAUACUCUAAUGAUACUAAGGCCCGUAUUAUAAAGGGACACCCAAGUUUGAAACUAUAGUAAGGAACAUCCUAUGAUUCGGUCGGAAAGUAUUGAAAUCUCAGACUUGAGCCUAUAAUUAUGCUCGGAUAUUUGAGUGUCAUUGUAUAAUACAGGUUUUUUGUAAAGCGUGGUCAGAAGGAGAAUGUGCUAAAGUGGAAUUUAAAUAGCAGUGAAAUUAGCAGAACAUUAAAACUUUCGACCGAUACCCAAAAUUUGCACAACUUACGAAAGUAUUACAUAAAAUAGAAUUGUAUAGUUUUAUAAAUUAUGAUAAAAAUCGAAUCAAACACAAAUUGUCAGUCUCAAAAUAGGUUUCACAGAAACAAAAAAUUACCGUAAUGCUUAGACACGUUUCAGAAAUUCAUUUUCCCGAGUGAAAUUUUGUAACGCGAUAAUAUUACAAUAUCACUACGUUUAAAUGUCCACUAUUGUAUAUUUAAAUUCUACUAUUGUAAUCGUUUUCAAGUACCUUAUUUUAUUGUGUAUAAGUUUUGUGUAUAUA